GCAUGCGUUAUAAAACCUAACCUUAUUCCUUUUAGGUAGCCGUGUAUGACAAAAUACACGUGCUAAAAAAUAUUGACAAUUAAAAAUAGUUUAUUUUGGUUUAAAAGUGUAAAAAAACAAAAAUGUCGCUGUACAACUUUAAGAAAAUAGCUGUUGUCCCAACAGCCAAGGACUUUAUUGAUAUUAUAUUUUCGAAAACACAACGUAAAACACCUACAGUAGUACAUAAACAGUAUAAAAUAACAAGAAUUAGGAGCUUUUACACUAGAAAAGUAAAGUUUUCCCAACAAAGUUUCCAUGAUCGUUUAACACAAAUAUUGACAGAAUUUCCCAAAUUGGAUGAUGUCCAUCCUUUUUAUGCUGAUUUAAUGAAUGUUUUGUAUGACAAGGAUCAUUACAAACUUGCUUUAGGUCAAAUUAACACUGCUAGACAUCUUAUUGAUAAUGUAGCUAAAGAUUAUGUAAGGUUAAUGAAAUAUGGUGAUUCUUUGUAUCGAUGCAAACAGCUGAAAAGAGCAGCUUUGGGUCGUAUGGCCACAAUUAUGAAAAGACAGGGUUCAAAUUUAACAUAUUUAGAACAGGUUAGACAGCAUUUGGCGCGUUUGCCUUCCAUUGAUCCGUACACAAGAACCAUUAUUAUUUGUGGAUUUCCCAAUGUUGGCAAAUCUUCAUUUAUCAACAAAAUCACCAGAGCCGAUGUGGAAGUGCAACCCUAUGCUUUUACCACUAAAUCCUUGUAUGUUGGUCACACUGACUACAAAUAUUUGCGCUGGCAAGUCAUUGAUACCCCUGGUAUCUUGGAUCACUCUCUUGAAGAGCGUAAUGUAAUUGAAAUGCAAGCCGUAACAGCUUUGGCUCAUUUGAGGGCCUGCAUUUUGUAUUUCAUGGAUUUAUCUGAACAGUGUGGACACACUUUGGAUGACCAGGUCAAACUUUUUGAGUCAAUUAAACCUUUGUUUGCCAACAAGCCUUUGAUUGUUGUUGCAAACAAAACUGAUAUUGUUAAGUUGGAUGAGUUACCUAAAGAUAGAAGGGCUGUUCUUAAGGAAAUUGAAGAGGAUAGUGAGCUGACUGUUUUAGAAAUGUCCACUGUUACUGAUUUGGGUGUUAUGGAGGUUAAAACUGAGGCUUGUGAGAAAUUGUUGAGCUACAGGGUGGAUCAGAAAAUGAGGACUAAAAAGGUCGACGGAGUUUUGAACAGACUGCAUGUGGCCCUGCCGAAGGCACGAGACAGCAAAGUCCGCGCCCCGUGCAUCCCCGAAGCAGUAUUGGCCAAAAAAAUACAGACCGCCGAGAAGAAGAAGCGCAAGCUGGAACGCGACAUCGAAAUCGAAGAGGGCGACGACUACGUCCUCGACCUCAACAAGGAAUACAAAGAAAUACCCGAGGAAGAACGCUACGACAUCAUACCGGAAAUAUGGGAGGGACACAACGUCGCCGACUACAUCGAUCCCGAUAUUUUCAACAAAUUGGAAGAAUUGGAGCGCGAAGAAGAGAUCAGGGACGAAACCGGCAUGUACGUCGUGCCCAAGAUCGAACUGGACGACACGAUCAAAGAAAUCAAGAAGCUCGCCUUGCAAAUCAGACACAAGAAAGCCAUUAUCAAAGAUGAAGCAAGAAUCAACAAGCAAAGCAGAAAACCCGUCAUGCCGCGUACCGCCGGCGCUAAAGUUAGAGAUCGCUCCGUCAGCAAGCUCAGGGAAGAUAUGGAGAAUCUUGGGGUGGAUAUGUCAAACACUGAAGAAGCACAUUUCACCAAAACGAAACCAAGAGCGAGGUCUGUUGGACCGCCAGUUAAGAAGAUGCGCAUGGAAGUUUCUUCCAGUGGAAGCACUACAGUUACUAAAAAGACUCCCAACAAGAAUAGGUCGUUGUCUAGGACUCCAAGGAAUGAACUUGGUGUCAAGGAUGCUAUAAUGAAAAAGAAAUUGGCCAAAAUCGCACACAGGGCAAUUGCCAAGAAGGUGGGUAGGAUGGGACUUAAGGGUGAAGCUGACAGGUUUAUUGGUACUAAAAUGCCAAGACAUUUGUUUGCUGGUAAAAGAGGAGUCGGAAAAACCGAUAGAAGAUAAGAUAAUGCAAAUUACUAUUUAUUAUGUUUGAAAUAUUUUGGAUAUUCUUUCAUAUUCAGUUGUAUGUAGAUAUAAUACAAUAAAUGUACUGGAUAUAUAAUGGGGUUGUUUAAAUUAAUUCCUU